AUGUGGACUUCCCUGCCGAUGCUCUUGUUUCACUCGUUUUUUUUCUUCUACGGAUUCAAGUGGGCUUCGGGUUUCGUCUGUCCGAGAAUCUGCCGCUGUUACUCUAAUACAAUUAGAUGCAACAAUGUGACACAAGGGUCAGCGCUGAUGACGGACCACAGAGACAUAAGACUGUUUCUCUAUCACUUGGCUUUGCGCACUAUUUCAAGUCAUUCAUUUGAGGGUUUGAAAGGAGUCCAGAGGAUUGAAAUUGCUCAGAGCGUAACACUGGAAACCAUCGAGACAUUAGCAUUUAAUAACCUCCCCAACCUCUCUGAAAUCUCAAUCCAGAACACAAGGAGUCUGAUGCACAUCGGCAAAAGGACAUUUAACAAUCUUCCCAAACUACGUUACUUGAGUAUCUCAAAUACCGGGAUAACAAUUUUUCCUGAUAUUACAUCUAUCACUUCUCUUGAAUCAGAGUUUAUCUUGGAUAUCUGUGACAACCUGUAUCUACUGGAAAUACCCCAAAAUGCUUUCAUUGGAUUGACAAAAGAAUAUGUUACAAUGAACCUGUACAACAACGGCAUCAGAGAAAUACGUGACCACGCCUUCAACGAAACAAAGAUAGAUAAGCUGGUAUUAAAGAAUAACAGAAACCUCAAAGUGAUCCACAAGGAUGCCUUCAAGGGAGCAACAGGCCCUGGAGUCUUGGACGUGUCUGCAACAGCGCUCACAAAGUUACCAACGCAUGGACUGGAGUCAGUUCUGGUGUUGUUCGCUCAGUCAGCAUAUUCCUUGAAGAGUCUGCCCCCUCUGCAGGGACUGUGGAGCCUACGAGAGGCCCAUCUCACCUACAACAGUCACUGUUGUGCACUGCUGAGCUGGAACGCCCACAGGGCCUUUCCCACAAAUCCUGCAUGGAAUAAUGACUCUACAUAUUGUGAUGACAGUGACCCAUCAGCAAGGGUUCAGCGUGUGAUUGGAGGUUCAGCAGAUACAAAUCUAUUCAUGGACUUUUCAGACAGCAAUCUGUUUGUGGAGGAUGCAGCCUUUGGAGAUGUGAAUUUCCACUAUCCAGAACUGGCCUUUUGUCAGAACCGACCAACUUUGGUUUGCACACCUGAAGCAGAUGCUUUUAAUCCCUGUGAGGACAUUGCAGGUUUCAGUUUUCUCAGAGUGGCUGUCUGGUUUAUCAACAUACUGGCCAUCACAGGUAAUCUAACAGUCCUCCUGGUCUCCUUCACCAGCCGCAAUAAGCUGACGGUGCCUCGGUUCCUCAUGUGCCACCUGGCUUUUGCAGACCUCUGCAUUGGGAUCUACCUGCUGAUGAUUGCCACAGUGGACCUGCACACACGUGGUCACUACAGUCAGCAUGCUAUUGAAUGGCAGACGGGGCCAGGUUGUAGUGCUGCUGGCUUCCUGUCUGUGUUUGGUGGGGAGCUAUCAGUCUACACGCUUUCCACCAUCACCCUGGAGCGCUGGCACACAAUCACCAACGCCCUGCAGGUAGAGCGCCGUCUGGUACUCAAACAGGCAGCGAGCAUAAUGGCUGCUGGGUGGCUCAUCAGUCUUGGGAUGGGGAUGCUACCCCUGGUUGGUGUGAGCAGUUACGCCAAAGUCAGCAUGUGCUUACCCAUGGACAUUGAGACUCCACUGGCUCAGGCCUUCAUCAUAAUUAUCCUGCUCCUCAAUGUGGGAGCCUUCAUCGUUGUCUGUGUUUGUUAUGUGCUGAUCUAUCUGGCUGUAAAGAACCCUGAAUUCCCCAGAAGAAGUGCUGACACCAAGAUUGCAAAGCGCAUGGCUGUGCUCAUCUUUACGGAUUUCCUCUGCAUGGCUCCCAUUUCCUUCUUUGCCAUCUCUGCCGCAUUUAAAGUUCCCCUCAUCACAGUUACUAACUCCAAGAUUCUGCUGGUCCUCUUCUUCCCUAUCAACUCUUGUGCCAAUCCUUUCCUUUAUGCCAUUUUUACCAAGGCUUUCAGAAAAGACGCAUAUCAGCUCAUGAGUGCCAUGGGAUGCUGUAAAAGCAAAGCGAGUGUUUAUCACAUGAAGGCCUACUGCUGUGAAAAUGCAAUUAAACGCAACUUGGGAUCCAAUAAUAAUGGAGCAGGCACAGGAGUGAGGCUGGAGGCAAUGACAGGAUAGAGCCAUCAUCUGAAAGAGGAGGGGAAACUCACCUAAAAACCAAAAGAUGCAAACCUUUGGACUUUGGAUGAGACAAACUGAGGGAAAACAUUUCAUGCUAGAUCUGGAUAAAAAUAUUUACUUGUUGUGACAUAUUGACAUUGAUGACACAUUUUAUUUUGCACUUUUGGAGACAAAGAAAAAACUCCAGAGUGCUUUUUCCUCAACCAUCAAGUCUGAUAUCAGUUCAACUCAGUGAAUAGACUUUUUCAAGGGUGAGAUGUGUUGACUGAUGCAGGAAUUGUCCUGCCUGUUGUUUUCCUGCUUUAAUAGAACAGAAAUCUACAG